AUGUUAAGCAUAAAGUUUUAUUCCAUUUUCGAUUUUCCAGUGGCGAAAAUCAGGAGAGAGGUGUCGUACGUUGAAAACGAUCGUUUUUCCGUUACGGACGAACAAGAAAAAGAAGAAGAAGAAAACGGGUUGAUAAAACUGUCAAUGAACUCGAGACAUUUGAAUGAACGGACACAAACAUCUUAA